AAUCCACACGAGACCUCAUCCCUCAUCCCUGGCAAACGCACAUCACUGCUGAUCGCGGUUUAUGCACACAUGCUCGCACUGCAAAAACAAAGCAAAUGAUAUAGUGGCAGAUAACACAGUGAAUUUAUCUUUUUAAAAACAAAGCAAUUCACAAAUACAACUUGACUGUGAUCAUGAGUGUUAAACAAGCCUGCAUCUUUCUCAGAGGAGGAACAAGAAGACAAUCAAGAACUCUGACACAGGAUGAGAUAGAAGAGUUACGUGAGGCUUUUGUGGAGUUUGACAAGGAUAAGGACGGUUUGAUAAGCUGUAAAGAUUUGGGGAAUCUGAUGAGGACCAUGGGAUACAUGCCAACUGAGAUGGAGCUGAUAGAGCUGGGCCAAAACAUCAACAUGAACUCAGGAGGACGGGUAGAUUUUGAAGAUUUUGUGGAACUAAUGACCCCCAAGCUGCUGGAUGAAACUGCAGGGAUGAUUGGCUUGAAGGAACUCAAAGAUGCUUUCAGGGAGUUUGAUAUAGAUGGAGAUGGCGCCAUCACAUCUGAUGAGCUGAGACAUGCUAUGAUAAAACUACUGGGGGAACAUGCCAGCAGAACGGAAAUCGAGGCAAUUGUCAAGGAAGCUGACAACAACGGAGAUGGAACAGUUGACUUUGAGGAGUUUGUGAAAAUGAUGUCAAGGACAUAAGAAGAACAUGAUGAAUGGAUGACUGUGAAUGGAGAGGAUGUUUUUUUUUUAUUAAAUUGUAUGCUGAUGACAGUUUACAUAUUAUGAAUCACUUUACUUUCUUGUUAUUUAAGUCAUUCAUUAGUUUUAAGUCAACAAAGAUGGGUUCUUUGUUUGUUUGUUUGCUUUGUUAAAGCUAAUGGAUGUGAAUUCCAUGGAGAGUUUUUUUUUUUUCAGUAUUUCAGCACAGCAGCUUUAAAUAAUUUGUCAUCCGGUUUGCCCUGAAUCCCUCAGAUCUGCCCCUGUGAGCAGUGAGUGUAAAUGUCAUUGUUAGCUGUUUUUAAAGGAAGAACACAUUAAUAUGGGUUCAGUGCUGAUAAAAUAGCUGUCAGAGGUGAAAUUAGAUGUUGACAGAGAGAAUUAAUCUGAUCUGGAUUAUUCUAUCUCAAACUACGAGUGAAUUUCUGCUUAUCCAUCUCUGAAUUACUUGAAACUUUUUAAAUCAUAAACAACUGAUAUUUAAUAUUGUACCUGUGAAAGUUUAGACUGAUAUAUCAAAAACAUAAUAUUUUGUAUGCCUGUUGACCCACUUUUAGCACAUUUCAUUGCACAUUGAAAUUUGAGAUUGUUUGAACAACAAUAUCUCAGGAACUAUUAAAGAUAAAAGCAGUUUUUUUCAUUUCGUUUCUCAUCAUGCUAUUGAUUCAUAUUUGUGUGAUCAGGUAUGUCAUUUUAAAAAGUAUUCAGCAUGUUUUUUGAUGUUUUAAUGUAACAUUCAACUGCAUACAGUUCAGAAAAUAUCACUAUUUGGAUUCUGCAUUAUCAAUUAUUUUGUUAGUGUGCUCAAAAAUGAGACUUCAUUCUGUGUUUUUUCUGCUUGAAAUCACCUAUAAGCAGAAAUUAAUUUUACAUUUACUUGUUCAGUUUUGCAGAUUUUGAAUCAAUGAUGAGAUGAGAAAUUGUGAACAUUUCAGGCUUUAAUUCCUAAUAGUUAAAGUAGUAUAGUUAUAUAGUAGUUAUAGUUAUAUUGUCAUUUAAACAUCACCAUGUUUUCAAAGUGCAAAAAGCAAUGUACUGAAAGUGGGUUGACAGGCAAUUUAUAUAUUUAUUUUUAUGUUAGAAAUAUUUCAGGUGAAUCAGAGAUAGUCGAGCAGAAAUUAUUCUAAAACACUGAUGAUUUGAGAUGGAACGACCUCAAUGUGGAAGUGCUGUUGCUAUACUGGCCUUACCAACCAAACCAAAUGCUGUCAAAAUUACUUUUACUGUGUUGUUUGUUUGUUAGAUAUGGGUCACUGCCAUAUUAAACAUGGUGUAACACGUGUGACGUAGUGUAUGUUGUGAAUAUCUUUUUUUUCCCUACAUAAGUACUAAUAUAGGUGACCUUUUCAUUAUUAUUGUAAAUAAAUUGUUGUUUUUGACCCAGAAAGAAGAUGAUUUAAUUUGUAUAGAUGAUGGAUUUGAUAGUCACUUACUCAUACAAGGAUAUAUAUAGAUUUGCAUGGACACUGUGGGUACUUUUCAGUUUGCUAACAUUUCCCCUCCAUUCUCUAAUUCACAUCUCUUCCUUGCAUCCUAACUCCUCCCAGUGAGAUGCUGCACAGCUACAUCAAACUGAAUUAUUUAAAAAUAAAUCCAAAACCUCACAGCACCGUA